AUGUGGGACACAGAAUUGGAGAGAUCUGCAGAGUCAUGGGCUGAAACCUGUCUAUGGGAACAUGGACCAGCAAGCCUUCUUCCAUCAAUUGGACAGAACUUGGGGGCACAUUGGGGAAGGUACAGACCUCCAACAUUUCAUGUUCAAGCAUGGUAUGAUGAAGUGAGAGAUUUCACAUAUCCCCAUCCUCAUGAAUGCAAUCCAUAUUGUCCAUACAAAUGCUCUGGUCCUGUUUGCACACAUUACACACAGGUUGUUUGGGCUACAAGUAGCAGAAUCGGUUGUGCAAUUAAUUUGUGUCAUAACAUGAACAUCUGGGGGCAGAUUUGGCCAAAAGCAGUCUAUCUUGUAUGCAAUUAUUCUCCUAAGGGUAACUGGUGGGGUCAUGCUCCUUAUAAACAUGGCCGCCCUUGUUCUGCAUGUCCCCCUAGUUUUGGAGGAGGUUGUAGAGAAAAUCUUUGUUACAGAGAGGAUUCAGAAAGACCUUAUUCUCCCCACGAACCAGAAGAGGAAACCAAUGAGAUUGAACGUCAGCGAUCCAAAGCCCAGGAUGCAGCGGCUCAAAGCCGACCAAGAACACAUUCACCUUCAGCCUCCACAGGCACUGAUGACAGUGAGAAAAAUGAAGUAAUAAGUACACAGCAAAUGUCUCAGAUUGUUUCAUGUGAAGUAAGGCUAAGAGAUCAGUGCAAAGGAACAACUUGCAAUAGGUAUGAAUGUCCUGCUGGCUGUUUGGAUAGCAAAGCCAAAGUUAUUGGAAGUGUGCAUUAUGAAAUGCAAUCCAGUAUUUGUAAAGCUGCCAUACAUUAUGGCAUCCUAGACAAUGAAGGUGGUUGGGUUGAUGUCACUAGGCAAGGAAGGAAAAAUUACUUUAUCAAGUCUUACAGAAAUGGCAUUCAGUCAAUUGGAAAAUACCAGUCUGCUAACUCCUUCACUGUCUCUAAAGUAACAGUUCAAGCUAUCACUUGUGAAACAACAGUGGAACAACUGUGCCCAUUUCAAAAACCAGCCUCACACUGUCCAAGGGUGUAUUGUCCUCACAACUGUAUGCAGGCAAAUCCACACUACGCUCGUGUAAUUGGUACACGAAUUUAUUCUGAUAUAUCCAGUAUCUGCCGGGCAGCAGUACAUGCUGGUGUAGUUCGCAACCAGGGCGGUUAUGUUGAUGUUAUGCCAGUAGACAAAAGAAAGGUGUAUAUUGCUUCCUUUCAAAAUGGGAUAUAUUCAGAAAGUUUACAGAAUCCUCCAGGAAGCAAGGCAUUCAGAGUAUUUGCUGUUGUUUGAAUCUAGAAGUAAAGCUUAAACCAGACAAGUGAAACCAGAUCACUUGGAGAAGAACAAUAAAGGCUGUUUCUUAUCAUUCCAAAAAUUUGUAUAAAGCUGUAACAUUAUUGUACAGAAGAUGUAUACUGCUUUCCACCAAAAAGUUUAAAUUACAUAUAUAUCUUAAUGAAAAAAAUCUGUAAAAAUAAACAUGGGAGAAAAAUGCAUUUGAAAAUCUCUAAUGAUAUAUAACAAUACUUUGAAUCCUGUGUUAAAUAUUGCUAUAUUUUCUUAGCAGUUACUCCUAUACAGUUAAUUCAAAGCUCAUAAAUGUUCUUUGUUUUCUUCAUCUGAAUAUAUUAUUAUGGUGCUUUAUAUAUGCCACUAACAGUAACCUUAAAACUAUACCUUAGGGAGGCCUGAGUUUUUAUUGCCAAUGUACAUAAAAGAAGCCAUCCUAAUAUUUUGAUAAAAUAAAUCAUGCAUUAAAGUAAAAUAAAAACUUACAUAACUUUUUGAUGAUUUACAGUAGCAUUAGCCAUGCAAGCAUAAAUGAAAAGCUAUACUGUUCUCAGUUUCACACUAAUAAUAACAAGUACAAAAACCUAUUUUGAAAUAAA